UUUAUAAUAAAUAUCUUAAUAUAAUUUCAAUAUUAAUAAAUAUUUUUAUUCAGUAAAUAUUUAACUCAUUUAACCUGUUUAACAUAAUAUAAACCAUUAUAUUUCAAAAUCAGUUAUGCCUACAAAUUUCUUCAAAAAAGAUAACACUAGUGAAAUAAUUCAAGCCAACUUAUUGAAGUAUACUUUCCUUGCCAAGCGACAAGAAUUACGCAAAAAUGUAGUGCCCAUGAAAUACCGUAACAACAAUAAGCUAGCCACUUUACAAAUAGAAAAUGAGCGGGAUAAACUUUUGACAAACUUAAACAUUGGAUCGACAGAGUCUAAAAAAAAACAAGAUAUAAGGAAUCGAAAAGAAAUUAAUAAACUAUGCACUAAAAAAAUACAAGCAUCUGAAAAACUUCAACAAUACAAUAAAUAUUUAGCCGCUUUGAAUGAAGAAAUUCGUCUAAGCCAAAAAGGGAAAAAUAAAAAUUCAAAAAUAUAUAAAUCUAAAACUUACAAAAAACUGAAAAUUCAUUGUGACCUGAACAAUUUAUUAUUUAAACAUACCCAUGUAUACAACAGCAAGGUUAAGGAACAAAACGAGUUAAGGCAUACAUUGGAUGGAUUACUUCGAGAAUUAGGGGGGAAAAAAGAGAAAUAUGAUUCAAUAAUGUGCCAACUGAAUAAGGCAGCUAAACUUUUAAAACGUAUAGGUGAUAAUGCAUUAAAAUCUAACAAAGAUAGAGAGCAAGCGCAUAGCAAUUUAGUAUCCUUUCAAGAAACCAGUAUGUUGGAAAAAAAACAACGAGAGAGGAGAAUGUAUAUGUCAGUUUAUAAACUUAAAAGUGACCUCGAACGUAGUGAAUUUCUUCAAAAAAAAAAUAGUGAACGUCUUAAUAGAAAUAUUAUUCACAGCAGUAAAGAUGAUUUAGAACAAAACAAAAUACAAAAUGAUAACGAAGAACUCAUAACAUUAAUGAAACACUUAGUUCAUAUCAGUGGAGAUACUGAUUUAAAAAUGAUAUUAGACAAUGUAUUAAAAAUAAAUUCUAAUAAAGAGAGUUUAUUUCGUCAUUUAAUGUUCCUUGAACAACAAUGUUUGGAAUUGGAGAAUUCUAUAAACCGCGAUCAAAAUAUUGCAAUUGAUUGGAAAAUAUUAAAUAAUAACAGAAUCAAUCAUAACGAAUGCACAUUAAAACAUUAUUUUCAAAUAGUCCAAACAAAUAGUCGAAUUCUAAAUUCAACACAAGAAUUGACAGAUAACAUGAAAGCCGUGUACGAUGAUUUAUGCGAUAAGAUCUACACGCAUAUAUGUCGACCUUUAAAAAUUAAAAUAAAUGAUCCAUUAAAUGAAGAAAAUAUCAUGGACUAUAUGACAGAAAUAGAAAAUAAAUCAUAUGAACUUCUCUAUAAAAUAAACUGCAUUGAAACAAGUUGUAUAACUGGCCAAACCGAGGAUCCGAUGACAUCUGACGGAGAAUCGAAACAAAAUUUAAUAAUUAAAGAUUACAAUGGCAUAGAAGUAAAAAUGCAUCAAAUUCUCAAAAUGCAAGACACUUAUUCAAUUCAGGAUAUGCAUGAUAAUGGACUCAAUAAUGCACAGACGUUAACCAUGUGCCAAGAGAAUCAAGCUGGAGUCGUACGGAUAAGAUCGAUGCUUAACGAGUAGAGGUGAUAAUACAAGGACAAAUAUAUUGUUAUGAGCAAAUAAUUCUUGCAAAUGAAUGCGCAGCUAAAAUACAUGAAAUAUAAUAUGGCAAAUAAUAAGUCAAAAUUGAAA